AUGGAGAGAAUUCAAGUACAAUGGUGUCUAUUUUUAUAUUUAUUUUUAUUUAUCAACUGUGUUAUGAGUACUUCCAACACCAAUGUUGGAUUCAAAAAAACUUUUAUUGUUCAUAUGAAUAACAUAGCCAUGCCUCCAACCUUCACGGAUCAUGUCGAAUGGUACGCAUCGGUUAUACAAUCUCUAACAGUUUCACCACUCGAUAACGAUAAUGAAGACGACAAAAGAAUCAUUUAUACAUACCGGUAUGCUUUUCAUGGCAUUGCUGCUCGAUUAACAGAUGAAGAAGCAGAAAGGUUAGAAGGCCAACACGGUGUCAUAAGCGUGUUACCAGACACAAAAUAUGAAUUGCAAACUACAAGAAGUCCUAUGUUUCUAGGGCUUGAGCCGCAAGAUAAAACGACAAUAGGGUUUGAUGAUGACUUGACCGGAAAUGAUGUGGUUGUCGGCGUGGUGGACACUGGGAUUUGGCCUGAGAGCGAGAGCUUUAUCGACACUCACCUUACGUCGGUUCCAAGCCAUUGGAAAGGAGCUUGUGAAGUUGGACCUGGUUUUGAGAAACGACAUUGUGAUAAGAAAAUCGUGGGCGCAAGAUCAUUCUAUCGUGGAAAUGAAGCCGCCAACGGGGGUAUUGACGAAGAAGAAGAGUACAAAUCACCAAGAGAUCAAGACGGGCAUGGAACACACACUGCAUCAACGGUAGCAGGAUCACCGGUGCAUGGUGCUAAUCUUUUUGGAUAUGCAUACGGGACAGCUAGAGGGAUGUCACCUGGUGCGAGAAUAGCAGCAUACAAAGUUUGUUGGCUUGCUGGUUGUUUCAGUUCGGAUAUUCUCUCUGCAGUUGAUCAGGCUGUAAAAGAUGGUGUUAAUGUCUUGUCCAUCUCUUUAGGUGGUGGUGCAUCUUCGUAUUCUCGUGAUAUCUUGUCUAUAGCCACUUUCGGUGCAAUGGAAAAGGGGGUUUUUGUUUCCUGUGCCGCAGGAAAUGAAGGACCAGAAGCGGGUAGUAUAACAAAUGUGUCUCCUUGGAUGACGACAGUCGGGGCAAGUAUUAUGGAUAGAGAUUUUCCGGGUGUUGUAAGGUUAGGAAAUGGGAAGAUAUUGUCUGGAGUUUCAAUAUUCAGUAGAGGAGAAACAAAUAUGUCUUUGGAGAAGCAAUAUUAUCCUUUAGUUUUUCUGGGGACUAAUUCAAGUAGCUCGAAUCCUGCUUCAUUGUGUAUGGUAGGAACGUUGGAUAACGAGUUGGUUUCUGGGAAGAUUGUGAUAUGUGACCGUGGAGUCAACCCGCGGGCUCAAAAGGGUCAAGUGGUGAAAGAUGCAGGGGGAAUAGGGAUGAUUUUGUUGAACAAUGCUGAUGAUGGAGGUGACUUGGUGGCCGAUAGCCACGUUAUUCCAACGGUGGCUCUACGUGAUCAGGAAGGGAAAGCAAUCAAGGAAUAUGCACUUAAAGAACGAAAGCCCAUGGCGAAUCUUAAGUUUUUUAGGACAAAAGUAGGUAUAAGACCGUCUCCAGUGGUGGCGUCAUUUUCAUCUAGGGGGCCUAAUGGUAUAUCACCGAGUAUUUUAAAGCCGGAUGUGGUGGCUCCUGGGGUUAACAUACUUGCAGCGUGGACCGGAGUUUUGGGUCCAACGGGUCUUUACACUGAUCGUAGAAGAGUGAAAUUUAAUCUACUUUCAGGAACUUCCAUGUCAUGCCCACAUGUGAGCGGGGUUGCUGCUUGGCUCAUGGCACGACGACCAGGUUGGAGCCCGGCCGCUAUAAAAUCGGCAUUGAUGACAACGGCUUAUGUUCAUGAUCACUCUUUUGAUCCACUAAGUGAUUCUUCAACCGGUGGACCAUCAGGUCCAUUUGAACAUGGUUCGGGCCAUAUAAACCCGCCUAAAGCACUUGACCCAGGUCUAGUUUAUGAUAUUGGACCACAAGAUUACUUUGACUUCUUGUGCACCCAAGGUUUGACCAAAACCGAGCUCAAAGUUUUUGCCAAAUUCUCUAACCGAACUUGUCAACACUCGAUUUCUAAACCAGGCGAUUUAAAUUAUCCGGCUUUAUCAGUUGCAUUCCCAAAAGAUGAGCGAGUUCGUAAGGUGACCCUCAAGCGGACAGUCACGAACGUUGGACUUGCUAAUUCUAAGUACCAUGUCGCGGUUUCACGGUUCAAAGGGGUUAAUGUGAAAGUAAAGCCAGCAACCUUAAAUUUUGUGGAGAAAUAUGAGAAGUUGUCUUACAAGGUUACAUUUAUAUUGAAAGCUAAGCAAACAACGCUUGAAUAUGGAGGAUUGAUAUGGAAUGAUGGUGUGCAUAGAGUAAGAAGCCCAAUUGUGAUCACAUGGUUGUAA